CCCCGCAUUUAGGACAUGUGUUUUUACACGACAUGCGGGAUGGACUUCGGUCGAAGCCGUCGAUUAUCAGGAUAGGCUGGCUCUCUCCACCACCACUAGGAACAACAUACAAAUUUUGGGCAUCGAAUAGCCCUCACAAUCAACUAUCGCUCGCUCGUGGCCUCAAGUGGAUGGGCGACGCCUGAAUCACACAGGAGAGCCACCAGGAGCGCGCGCAGAAGUUUACUCUUCCCACGUGCGCUGGGUAUUCCGGCCCAAAAUCGUGAAGCAGUUGGCGAAGAGGUCACCUCCCUGCCCGAUCCCCGAUGUGUUCCGAUGCUAUUCGCUAAUCACCACCUACCCAUCCAUCGGGACUGAUAUCGCGCCCGAGCUGCCCAUCCCGAUACCAUGAGACUAACCCACUACGGUCCAUACCGGAUAUGGGUUUCUAUUCGGUCUACUGCCGGCCGCCGACGUGUUCUGAUGCCUUUCGCCCGCUCGCGAGAACCCGCGUCGGGCGCAGCCCGACCUGGCUGCUAAGUUGGGAGCCUGACCUCGAGGCCUUGCUUGAGCUGCCUCCCGUUUGCGCGAGUUUGCCGGGAUGGCGCUGAAACUGACUGGCAAAAAACCAGGGCAAACUCAGUUCGGUCCAAUGAAACAACAUUCUCACGGUCGGGCGACAACUCGAAGACAGUAUCGCAGUGCACCGCUCAAAAUGGCAAGCAGGCUAUCCAUAAAAGAGAAGCUUUCAUCCACAUCUGUAUGAAAUUCUCCCAGCCAAACCAGACCAGCAAGCCUAACAAGGCCUCAUCCUGCCUCGCCCUCGUCCCACCCUAUCUUACCUUUGCAAAUCACCAUCCUCCCCUUCUCAGCAGACAUUCUUCACUCUACUCUCUGCCAUUCACCAUCCACAUGGCGGCUUCCAACAACAACUACACCAUCGGCUGGAUCUCAGCUGAUCCUAUCGAGCUCACCGCUGCACGGUUCUUCCUCGACCCUCAUGAUACCGACUCUUACGUCCUGGGCAAGAUUGGGCCCCACAACGUCGUGGUAGCCUGCCUAUCCCGCGGAGAGGGCAGAACUGCGGCCGCCUCUGUCGUAGCCACAAACAUGCUGCGCAGAUUUCCCAACAUCCGCUUCGGCUUGAUGGUUGGUACUGGAGGUGGCGCGCCAAGCAGCAAAAACAACAUGCAUCUCGGCGACAUCGUAAUCGGCAGUCCCGACAACGGCCACGGCGGCGUGCUCCAUUACGAUUUUAAGGAGUUGAUUCAGAAUCGGACGCCACCGGCCCUCCGGGAGGCGGUGGCCGAUUUGAGGUCCGAACACGAGACCAACGGCCACUGCUACGAAGCCCAGAUCCGCCAGAUGCUGGGGGGGCAAAAUAAGAAAUACUCUCGUCCAAAAGCCACAAGCGACGAGCUGUACAAGCCCGAAUAUACGCAUUCCGGGGAUGGCAUGAACUGCCAUGCUUGUUGCGACCCGGAAAACCUGGUCAGCCGGCCAGAACGAGAGAGGCGGGAGGGUGGGAAAGAUUUCGCCGUCGUUCACUACGGGUUGGUCGCCAGCGCCAACCAGCCGAUGGAAGACGCGACGAUUCGUGACGGGCUGGUGGGGGAGGCAGGCGUCCUUUGCUUCGAUACGGGAGCGGCUGGCCUGACGAACGACUUCCCCUUCCCCUGCCUUGUUAUCCGGGGCAUUUGCGACUACUCGGAUUCUCACAAAAACAAGGACUGGCAAGGCUUUGCCGCUAUGAUGGCGGCCGCCUACGCCAAAGAUCUGCUGAACAGGAUCGCGCCCAGCCAGCCUCCGGCGGGAAAGACGGUCGGGGGGGUGUUUGGUGCGGCUAUCGCGUUAGCAAGAGGGGUCGUGGGGUUGGCAGGCGAAGGGCUUAGCUCGCUUUCGAAAGCUUUCGUAAUCGCGUCGGCUAAAACCUACGCUGGGGUCGCGCGGUUGGCGGGCAAAAUAACGUCCGGGUUUAGGUCGCUUUCAAAAGCUGUCGUGAUCGCGUCGGCUGGUGGGGCCGCGUGGCUGGCGGGCAAAUUAGCGUCCGGGUUUAGCUCGCUUUCGAAAGCUUUCGUACGCUUUCGCGGCUGGUGGGCAGAAUAACGCUCGGGUUUACUUGGGGGCUGUGCUUUGUGGGCCCCCUCUGUAGAGGGGGUGCAAAAAGUCGUAAUCGGUCAAAAACUCGUAAUCACGGGUUUCCCCGCAAAAUUGAUAGGAGACACUGGGCGCCGGCGUUUAAACGAAAACAAUAAACUGCCACGAAAUCUCUACGCGUGGGCAAUAGUAUCAAUCUGUAGGGAAUUUUGAAGGCAUUCAGAGAGUAUAUUUAUUGUAGGGUAAUAUUGUUGUGGGAGGUGCAGAGGGCCGGCCAACGCCGGCCGGCCGGCACGCCUACGGGUGGUCCGGGUCGACGCAAUCCGCCGGAAGUAGGCCGAGGAGUUGCUCUUCCGUUGGCGUAGGUGGUUGAUCAACCUCGUUUGGCGCCUGGGAGGGUAGGAAAGGUGGUGACGAGGCCAUGACUGCGGCCUGUUGCUGUAGGAUAAAGUCGACCUCGUCAUCCGUCUCUUGCCCAGGGCUAUUGGCGGCGGCGGGGUAACCCUCUACAUCCGGAAACGAAGUAGAAUAGCUUUGCGUGCCGUCAGGAAGCGUAUCAACGAUGAAAAGCUCGUUGUCGGGCAAGUGGGAGGGCUUCUUUGGGCGACGUGGAUAGAGUCGCUUGCCCUCUGACUGGAACGUGGCCUCGUCAAAGCCGGCCUUGAUCAACCAGACGGCUUGAGAGAUCUUCUUGUUGUUGAAGCGCCCGCCGGCAUCUCUCCAGGCCUGUAUAUGAGCUUCUCGAGCGGCCUUCCGCAUCUUGUGGAUAGAAACGUCUGCCUUCCUUUGUAUUUUGGCCGCUUCGGUAGCCUCGUUUUCGACGUGCUUUUGACGGAGAUCAGCGAGGAGGA